AUGUCUGACGAGGAGGAAGUAUAGUAAGUAUAUUUGAAUGAGAGAAAACCUAAUUGCAUGUUAAUCUUGUAGCAGCGACGAGGAGGUUGAGGAGGAGGAGGUCGAGGAGGCUCCGGAGCCGGAAGAGCCGUGAGUCGAAUCAUAACACAUUCAGAUGUACCGUGUUCGCGUUUAGGGAAGAGACCACCGAGGAGGUCAUCGCUCCACCAGAGGUGAAGGAGCGUCGCGCGCCAGUCCAGGAGGAGAAACCAGCCGCCGAGAUGACCGAGGCCGAGAUCGCUAUGUUGGCCGCCAAGAAGCGCCACGAGGAAGAAGAGGCUGCUAAGCUUCUCGACUACGAGCAACGCCGUGUCCUCGAGAAAGAGCAAAUCGAACAGGAGCUUCGUGAGCUCAAGGAGAAGCAGGAGAAGCGUCGUGCCGAGCGUGAGGAGGACGAACGCCAAUUCGCUGAGCGUAGACGUCAGGAUGACGAGCGCCGUAGAAAGGAGGAGGAAGACCGCAAGGCCCGCUCCGACGCCGAGAAGGUCCGCAAGAACGAGGAGAAGGUUCGCCGUCAGCAGAUGAUGGCCGGAGCCUUCAACGGAAGAGUUGAGGCCGGAGCUGGCCGCAACUUCACCGUCACCUCUAAAGGAGACCAGGCCGCUCAGUUCGGAAACUUGGCUCAGGUAGUCGGGCAGACUGGAAUACGCCAGUGUUAUAAGAUCUUUGUUUCAGACCAAGGGAAAGGACACCUUGAGCAAGGAACAGCUCGAGGAGGCCAAGAAAAACUUCUUGGCUGCCGUGUGCCGUCAAGUUGACGUCUCCGGACUCCUGCCAAAUGACUUGAAGGAGAAGAUCAAGCAGCUUCACUCUCGCAUCGUCAAGCUCGAGGCCGAGAAGUACGACUUGGAGAAGAGACGCGAGCGUCAGGAAUAUGACGUAAGUUCCUCCUCGUUUCAAUUUGACACAUUAUGGGUGUUUCAGAUGAAAGAGUUGCACGAGCGUCAACGUCAGGCUGCCCGUAAUAAGGCCCUCAAGAAGGGACUUGACCCGGAGGAGGCCGCCUCGUCCGUUCAUCCGCCAAAGAUCACCACCGCCUCCAAGUUUGACCGUCAGACCGACAGAAGAUCCUACGGAGACCGUCGCUACUUGUUCGAGAACCAGGAGGAGCCAAAGCAAGCCUCCCUCGUCCGCGGAUCCGGAAGACCGCCAGCGGAGUGGGGACGCAAGCAGAACGAGGAACUCGAGCAGAUCCGCAAGAACCUCGAGCCACCAAAGUACGUCGAGCAGGUCAAGGUCGAGGGAGCCAGAGCCCCAGUCGAGUUCAUCCCGCUUCAGGUUCCAUCCGCCGAUUUUGAGCCACAAGAGGUAAAAUAAUACAUACAUAGCUGGUAUUGUUUUCAAACUUGACACUGUUUCAGCUCACCGAGAACCCGAAUGUUGGAGAGGAGAUCGUUGUUGAAUAA